AUGAGAUCCAGUCUUCAUCUAGACUUAGGCACAGUGUUAGACACUGCGGAUGACAGGGCACUUAAAGCAAAUCGAACUUCCAAUGCUGAAGAUGGGCUCUCACCACCAGAAGAGGCAGAUGCCCACCACACUGGCGAGUACCAGUUCAACACCCCAAUGUGGAAUACCAACCCAGCCCUGCUCACGUUACCGCCUCCGUUUUCAAGCCCAAAUCUGAAAGCAACCCCUCAAAUGGAAAUGGAUAGUCGCCUGAGCGUCACCAUCCAGAAGACAAACAGGAUGAGAAGGAAGGAAGAGGAGCUUCGGAUCUACACGGUAUUCGGUUUAAAGAAGAAAGCAGCUUACAAGAGCACAGGUAAAUUCCCAGAAAUUCCCAGACCAGAGCCUGAGGUCUCCCGAGGCGGCUCAGACAAACCCUCAGACAGCAGUCUUCGCCGAAAUCUAAAUUUAGAAUUUUCUGCAAGACCAAGACGCAGGGACCGAUACCCGGGUCUGCACUCCCACGCCCAUCCUCCCCUCCCCCAGCUCCACCCAAGCCUGUCAGACGCCGGGGCGGUCCCUGCUGUGGCCGCCCCGGGCCCGACGAGGCCGGCGGACCUGGGCCCACGCCGGGAGAGCGGCGGCGCGGACGACCACUCCGCGCCCGAGGCCGCCGGGGAGCAAGAGGAACGGCCGGGAGAGCUCGGGGCGGUGGACUGGGCCGCCGGAGGGCCCGCCUCUGACAUCGCUACGUGGAGAAGGGCCUGCGGUGGGAAGAUGAGAGCUGGCAGAAGACCCAGCUUUGAGUCUCAGCUCAGCCAUGACCAGCCAGCUGACUUUGGGCAAGUCACUUCUCUUUUCUGAGCAUCUACUUCCUAAGAUGUAGAAUGGACAAUAACGUAAUAAUGCCUGGCCUGUACUCUCAUAAGGUUGUUGUGCUGAUGAAGUAAAAUGAAUUUCUGAAAACAUUAUGCAAUAUUUCUUACAAUUACUGCCCCACAAAAGCGGAGCUAAUGAGAAUGCUGACCAUAGGUGAUAAAAUGACAAGUCCUGAUACUUGUAUAAGAUUACCCUUUCCCAAAAUCACCAAAGAGACAGUAUCAUUGUGUACAUCUUGUGCUUAAUGUGAUGAAAUGUGUUCAGUGUGUAUUUGAGAGAUUUUGAUCUCUUGCAGUUCUGGGAUAAAUAGUUUGUUCAUUCAUUCACUCAUUCAUUCAUUUACUAUGACUGGAAUAUUUAGAUAAUUAUUAACUUCAAUCAAGGACACUUUUUU